AUGUUGGAUAUCCGAUUGCACCUAAACCUUAUGCUCCCGAACUAUUCUCGCAAUUUGAUCCUGGUACUGGGAACACAUGCUGGAUUCCUAAUGUUUUGGUAGCUAUUGGCUGCGCACUGUCGUCCCUGCCCCCUUUAUGGCUGUUUUCCUGUCAGUCAUGUAUAAUUCUUAGAUGUCGAAGAACUUCAAGAAAUGGCAAUGUUGAGAGUAGCGGUAGAUCUAAAUUUCCUUAUUUUUCCCUUGUAAGGGUCCUCGGCCGAUUAGCCGACGGAUCCGACAAUUCGAAACUUGUUUCUUCCGCGUGAGGACUCGUGCCAAAUGGUGGCCAACUGAUGCUUCUGCUCCGCAAAUAAACAGGAGUGCCCACACGAACAUAGCAUAAUAGGCCGAGGAUGGCUGCUGCGGUUGUCUAGAUGGGCACGAGUUCCCCACAGACAUGGCGAGCUGUGCUAUUAUAGGACCGGCGUCGUACGCCGAAGGUUCUUGCGCCAUGCGCUCUGGUAACGUCCAUGCAAACCUGAGAGACCAUGCAUAUGCUCCAACACAUCCUCCGGCGUUCGUUUCGCUGCUGCUUCCAUCAUCCUGUCCGACGAACGCGCGGGUGUUUUGCUCCUGCUGCUAUCCCACAUCUCCUCUUAUAUAAGACUGCUCCCUGCCCACCGACACUCGGGCAGCCACUUCGACCAUGUCAACUAGCACUGCUAGUUUGCCGUCCUAUCAUUACGAACCAAGAGAAACGGAGCAUCUGCUUGCUCAAAGACUGCGAGUGCAUAGACCCCGAAGUGACUUUGUGAAGAACUCGCGCAACGGCGGCGUUGUGCUACGACUGACUGGGCAACGUGAUGAUGCUACACUCCCAGAGUAUGGCCGUGGAGCCCUUGUAGAGGGCAUAGUAGAGCUCAAGAAUGUCGAUACUGUCCUGAGUGUCGACGUCAAGAUCGAGGGGUCACUAAGAUUGAAGGAGAUUGCUGAGGGUGGGACGAAUACCUCCUCACUGUGCCUAGAUGUCAAGAAUCUCUGGAACCGCAAUACUUCAAGCGAACGAUGUCCAGAAUGUCUCCCGUUUCUUCUCGCCCUUCCCUCGACUUUCUCCGACGGGAAAGCAACAUUCCCUUUACCUCCAUCAUAUGAAGCACACCUUUCUGGUGUUCCUGGAUUUACGGCCAAUAUUGACUAUGAAGUUUCCGCAACAGUUACAAGACACAAAGUCAGCCUAUUUGGACUAGCAAACACGACUGUAUCUACGCCUAUUAAUGUCCGUCCUCGCUCACGUCCGGCACUGCCUUUACCAUCAUCCUUGACAAGUAAUUUCACUCACCCUUCAUCCAUACACACUGAAGACUGGGCUGUCCACCAAGCAACAAUCAAGACCAAGGCGGCCUCUCGGGGCGACAAUAUUCAUGUUAAAUUAUAUCUACCUGCAUUGCAUGUGUACUCUUUGACAGAAGCAAUACCGUUCCAUCUGUUCCUCACGUCGUCUGCCUUCUCCCUUGCAUCCUAUCUUCCUUAUGCUCCGGCUGUGGUUCGCGGGUCUAGAAGUCCUUCUGACCAGAGUGAUCUAGACUUGUCGAGAUCCGGUGCGACACGGAUUCAACUCCUUCGUCAAACGAGUGUAGACGUCCGGAGCAUAACGAAACGGACAACGCCAACCCGUGGGAACAACACUGACAUUUGGAAGACGGUCCAAAUUGGUGAGGCGGCGUUUAGGCGCUAUGGUGCCGACGCAGGACGCGCAAGCCUCGGAGGAGGAGGUAAAGAUUGGGUAGCAUGGUUUGGCGAAGUAAGAGUGGACAGGAGCGUCAAAGUUGGGAGCUUCAAGGCAAGCGGACUAAACGUCAAGGACUUCAUCGUCCUUUCCAUGCAUCCACCGGAUCCUGCGAAAUCGCCCUUUAUGGAUGUUCGCUUGGUAGUUCCUAUUAAGCUGACAACCGAUCCAUGGUCUGCAGACGAGUAUGGACCCGACGUUGGUAUUGCGGGGUAUUCAGAUUCAAGCGACCCUGGGUUAGAGGACCACGAACCGCCGGAGUUGACGUACAAUGGCCGAGCAUUUUGA